CAGGAGUCAACGCAGAUUUUUUGCAGCAUGUAGUCCUAUGGAAAAAAAAACAAUUAAUCUGUUGUGAGAGAAACCUAAUUUCAAUGUAUUUCUCUACCUACCAGGAGAUUCACAUUGUUGUUGGGUGGUCCGCCGGUCGCCUUUACGGAAACCGAUUGGGACCUAGAGCGUUUUUUCUUUCUGUUGUGAGAUUACACGAGAGAUCCUAUAUGAAUAAUUGCAUCACGCAAGGACGCACGGAGAAACUAGCAAUGCAAGUUUUAUAUAAUUCACAUACGAGAGUCUAGCUUCUGUGUGAACAUCUUCUCUGUCGUUCCUUUAGACCUCGUGAUGUUGAGAGACUACCGAUUAUAAGAUCAUCCGCCCUGGUUGGUCUUUCCCCCUUGUCCUCCUACAAUCGCUGAUCAGAGACAUCCACGCGAAGCCCGCACUAAAGGAUAAGUGACACGCGUUUAUACUGAGGCUUUGUUGGUAUGACUUGUGGUUAUUCUUUAUCAUGGUAUAUGAUGGUGUCUACAACAGAUGUGAGCUAUAUAUCCAGCUUGAAUGUCGGUUCUGCAACACUUACGCAACUUAUACAAAUAUAUCAAGCGGUCGGCAUUACCGCUUAGUUUAAUCGAAUACGGUUACAAAAAAGAGCUGUUUAGUAUGAACUAUUACAAUGUACUUUCGCUUCCCACCCAGCUUCGUCUCCCCCGCGGAUGAUUUUUUCUCAGAGAAUUUGUUUAGCGAAGCCCGCCUUUGCUCUUUUUAGGAUACUUUCAUUUUUGUAUGAUUUGUUGAGGUUAAAUAAGACACUCUUGAUGAUCCCAGCAAAGUAACACAGCGAGAAGGAGGAGGAAGGCGAGGCGGACAAGGAAGAAGCAAGCAGAUGCUAGAGUGAAAAGGAAAUGGCGACUGCGUUUUGAGCUGAAGCACAAGAACAAGCAGAAAAAUAGCUUUUUAAAUUGUUAGGCCGGCACUUAUUGCCAACAGCAAAACAUUCAUCAGGCCGAUUCACUACACUGCUAAGUCCCACAAGAUUUUGUAAAUUAUGGUUGAAUAGAAUGCACCUUUUUAAUUAACCUAAUUAAGAAAACAAAAUAUCAAGCGGUCGCAGCAACUGCUUUAAUUCAGUUUUUACUGAAAGAAAAAUUAGUCUUAGUGAGGCCUGCUCACAUGAUCUUCGCUGUUGAUAGCCUUGUUAAUUAUUUAAUCUCCUGGUUGUUUAGGCUCUUCUCCAGUAAGUCAUUUUUCGAUGGGCAGGCAUGUCAUACCCUUGCAGGUUGUAACACUUGCUUUCAGGGCCCUACACUGUUAGGUUGUGCCUUAGUUGUUCUACAGGGGCUAUUGUAAUAUAGUUCCCUCCGAUAGUCGUAGGUUUUGGCCGUUGUGAUACGGUCUUCUUGCUCCCCCGGUAUGUAAGUUUUGUAAAUGGAUUGUUUAAGUAGUUGAAUGGGAGGUGGCAUGUAGUCCUAUGG